AUGCUCCUUGGAUGUUUGUAUCCGGCCGGUCCGACUUCAGGAAAUUGGAUGAAUGACGGUCGCAUUCGGUGGCUCGUCACUUUCACACGACCUGAGACAGCCGCUAUCCUAAUGGCCUUUAAUUAUUGCCGGUCUCAUUGCCUCGAAGGAGCACUUGCAAGACUUGCUAUUAGUUUGGCGUGGGCAUUUCUCAGCAUCUCGUUACCGUACAUCAUUGCCUCGCGUACACUUGCUUUUCGCCAUUUGUCAGGAGAUCAAUGGGCCUUUUGCCUGUGA